AUGACGGACACGGCAGUCAGCAGCAGCCCCAGUCAGUGGGGGUAUCAGAGCGAUCGGCAGGGGGCUCUUCAGGCCAGAGCUCCUGAGGGUCACUCAGCCCAUGGAAAGCAGCUGGAACGGGGGCGGAAGGCCGAGGAACUGACCGAUGAAGAGAAAGAGAUCAUCAACCGAGUCAUUGCGAGAGCCGAGAAGAUGGAAGAGAUGGAGGAGGAGAGGAUCCGGCGCCUCAUGACUCGUCUGGACGACAUGCGCCGUAACAUGGCAGGCGACGGAGUGAACCGCUGCAUUUUGUGUGGAGAACAGCUGGGUCACCCAGGCUCGGCUUGUGUGGUGUGUGAAGACUGCAAAAAGAACGUCUGCACCAAAUGCGGCAUCCAGACCACCAACAACCGGCCCCACUCCGUCUGGCUGUGCAAGAUCUGCACCGAGCAGAGAGAGGUGUGGAAACGCUCCGGGGCCUGGUUCUUCAAGGGUUUGCCCAAGCAGAUGCUUCCCCAGCCUAUGCCCAUUGCCAAGAAGGCCCCGCCGGCCGCCAGCAGGCCUGCUCCCCCCACGCAGGAGCCAGCAGCACCGUAUUCCCACCAGCAGAGCCCCGACCCAGCCACGGCUGCUGCUGCUGCUCCCGCCCAGCAAGGCCCGUACGGAGCUGAGCCAGCAGCCCCCAAUCGGGGAAAUUACCCCCCACUUCAUCGAAAACCUUCCGAGGCCAGGAUGGCACCGAGUGGCAGCGAAUACCCCAGAACGGCCCGGCCGAGCCAGGAUUACCCAGCUGAGAAUGAAGUCGCUCGGAGCCCCGGAGGGAUCAAGCGAGCCCACGCGGCCCCGACUGCUGGCACCAGAGACCCCGCUGCGCUUCCCCACCAGAGCCCCUCUGCCCAGGGGGCAGGACCAGGAGCGUCCUCCAUGGCUCUCUCCCACGCGGAGCCCCCUGCCUCUCUUCCUGCUGUGCCACCCAGGGAGGAGAGUGGCGGGCCCGGGUACCCCGCGGCGGGGGCAGAGAGGCAGGGGGCUCCCUACGGCCAGGCCGUGGCUCAGCCUGCUGCCCCUGCGGCCCCCCGGCCCCCUCCUCCGGACGAUGACGACGAAGAGGAAGCCAACAGCUACGACUCCGAUGAGACAACCACCCUGGGGGCCUUGGACUUCAGCCUCCUCUACAACCAGGAAAACAGCUCCUUGCAAUGCGCCAUCAUUAAGGCCAAGGGCUUGAAGCCGAUGGAUUCCAACGGACUGGCGGAUCCCUACGUCAAGCUGCACCUGUUGCCGGGGCCCAGCAAGUCCAACAAACUCAGGACCAAGACGCUGAGGAACACCCGGAACCCCGUGUGGAAUGAGACCCUGGUCUACCACGGCAUCACGGAUGAGGACAUGCAGAGGAAGACCUUAAGGCAAGAGGGCGGCCUGGGCCCCACCGGGAGGCCCCCAGCG